AUGAGUAGUUAUAUAGAUGAACCGGAUUUUAAUGCUGGCUACUAUGAAGCUUUAACUUUUGUUGCUAUUGUCAUAGUUAUCUCAAUAGUAUAUCAAACUAAACAAAUUCAGAGGUAUCUUUCAGGUUCAAAAGUAUCUGUUAUUCCUGAUUUACCUCAACGAAGAGAUAAAUAUGAGCAGGAUAAUUAUGCACAAGGAAUGAGUCAAUCUACAGUUGCUUUCGCUCCUGCAACUAAACUUCAUUUUGCUCCAACCGUAUAUGCUCAUAAGAUAUUGAAUUAUGUUAUUCAUAUCCUUGGUGUUGGCGAUAUGUCAGUCGGUGAAAUCAUUAUAUUCACCUUGUACGUAGCUAUAAAUAUCAUUUUUCUGGUGAUACCUUUCAAUGGAUCUGGAAUUCCUUCAACACCCAACAUUCGAGCCGCUUACGUUGCUUUGGGAAAUGUUGUUUUCGUGUAUCCUUUGGCUACUAGGAAUUCCGUUUUCGUAAAACUUAUUGGUGUUCCUUUUGAACGUAUGAUCAGGUUUCAUCGUUGGGUUGGAAGAACAAUCUUUUACCUUAUUACUUUUCAUGCUUCAUACCAAAUGACCGUUUCUGGUUCUCUUAAUCUAAUUUUUGCUAGCUCAGUUACUCUAUAUGGUUUCCUUGCUUAUGCGUCCAUAUUUAUAAUUGUAAUAAUGUCCCAUUCUCUAUUUAGACGUUAUUUCUUUGAAGUAUUUUACUGGUCACAUUUCUUUUUUAUCUUCUUUUUCAUUUUCGGUUGCCUUCAUCAACCACAAUUCCUCGUCUUUGCAAUAUAUGGUUUUGUUCUUUAUGUCAUUGAUAGAGCAAUUCGUUUCAUUAAUGGGUUUAAACCUGUUGAAAUAGUAUCAGUUGAAGCUCUUUCUGCCGGUGUCACUCGUGUAAUCUUUGAUUUUAAAUCACGCUACGAAGCUGGACAAUACAUGUUUGUAAACUUUCCAAAUAUCAAUCCCCCUAUAUCUUUAGUCACAUGGCAUCCUGUAUCUUUCUCUUCCGCACCUGGUAUAGAUGAUUUAAGUCAUGAUAGUAUACAUAUGAAAAUUCAAGGUGGAUUUACCCGUCGAUUAUACGCUCAAUCACAGGAAGGAAUGUAUAACAUGCCUUCGAAAUUGAAAAUUGAUGGUCCAUAUGGAAAACCAAGUCUUGACUUUUUAAACUAUCGAACUGUUGUGUUGGUUGCUGGUGGUAUUGGUAUUACUCCAAUGAUUAGUAUAUUACGAGAUAUAGUAGAUCGUCAAGUUGCAAACAUGCCAAUUAUGACACAGUCCAUUUAUUUCUUAUGGACGGUACCUGAUACCAAUUCUUAUUCAUGGUUUGGAAACGAAUUAAAUGAAAUAACUGAAAAAUUCACUAGAAAGUUACCAGAAUCCAAAUAUUUACUUGAUGUUAAAAUAUUCCUUACAAGAUCUACAACAACACCAUCAUCUGUAUUCUUCCAAGGUCGACCUGACUUUUUGACGAUGAUGCAAGAUCUAAAGCAAUAUCAUGGUUCUGGUGAUAUUGCUGUAGGUGCAUGUGGUCCAUCUUCUAUGUUGAAAGAAGUGAGAAGAGCUGCGGUAGCUGAAAGUGAUGAAACUUGUUUGAUCAAAGUUCAUU